CGUGACGAAAGCAGUGCGUCAUGGCGGCUGCAGGAUACGAGCCACCUGCGAAAGUCUCGCGACUCAAAAUAACUCUGACAGCAUUUUUGGACGAGCCGGGAUGCAGCCGACCGCGGAGGAUGGGCACGUCGUGGCAGUUCAGCUUGCGCAAAUGCAGCUCAACGAAGCUACGGCGCCAGGGCUGGCGUGCUGGCAGGAGCGGCAGACUGCGCUCUUGGCACGACACAACGACGACGACACCCCUGCCAAUGUCCGCGAUGUGCUGCCAAUGCACCUCGUUGUGCUGGUGCACGGCAACAACGGCCACCCGACUGACUUUGACGCGGUCGCGGCCGCGCUCGUCGCUCAGUUCCCGCCGGGCUCGAUUGCGAUUCUGCAAAGCCGCGUCAAUAUGCGCCAGAAGACGCGCGCAGGCAUCGCGCAGUGCGGCCACCGUCUCGCGUUGGAGGUUCUCGACUGGCUCCUCACGUUCCGCGUGAGCGAUGCGUCGCCGCGGCGUCUCUCGAUGCUCGGGCACUCGUUCGGCGGCCUCUUGCUCCACGAGCUCGCGAUCCGAAAGGAGUUGAAAGAGGUCGUGGCGCAAGAGUCGUGCAUGAACAACCUCGGCACGGUGUACCUCAAAGCCCGGGACCCGGAGGCAGCGAUGAGCUGGUUCACGCAGGCGCGCGACCUCGCCAUCGCACGGGCCAAUGUCCCCGCGCAGUGCCUUAUCCACUACAACCUCAGCCUCGCCCAGCAAGCGCUCGGAAACGCCGCCGACGCCGCUCAGCUCGCACUCGCCGUCUUCUCGACCCCGGAGCCGAUCGAAGAGAGCUUGCGCGUCUCGGCCCUUCAAGUGCUCGCAGCGACCGACGGUGUCCUGCACACGGGCGCCUUCCUCGAGCACGCAACACUGGCGUACGAGCGCGCCGAGGGGCUUGGCGACCCGACGCUCCUUGCGUCCUGCGCGAGCGCGUUGGCCAUCCACUAUUUCGAGGCCCAGGCGUGGGAGGAGUCGGCCAAGUACUUUGACACGUGUCUUCGCAUGGCCAUCGCAUCCAAGAAUGUCAAGGCCGAAGCUGUUGCUCACUACCACGUCGGGUCGGCGCUCGCCGAGGCCGGUCAGCGCAAGGCGGCGGAGGCGCACUUCCUCCUCGGACUCGAGCAGGCCAAGGCGCUCGAGGCCAACGACCUUGCUGCGCUGCUCCAGGCCAAGAUCGGCAUCGAGUACCUCUACCACCACGAUACGUUCGUCGCGAAAGCCGAGCUCAGCGUCGCGCUGCAGAAAGCGAGGUUCGCGGGUAGCCACGCCGUCGAGAGCUACGCACUCACGGGCCUCGGCCACGUGCACAUGAUGGAGUCGCUCGUUGCCGACGCGGCCGCCCUGCGCGCGCAGAGCAACCUCGGCGUCGCCGCGCUCGUCGCCGGCGACCUCGACGAGGCGAUGAGCCACUUUCGCGCCAACUCGCGCACGGCGGCGAUUCUCGGCGAUCGGAAGGAAAUGGCGCGUGCGCAUUAUGGCAUGGGCCUUGUCGCCAAGGAAAAGAAGCGGCGUGGCGAGACGCUCUCGGCCGCGGACGAGCCCGUCCAGUUGUUUACGCGCCAGCGGUCGCUGGCCGUCGAAGCUGGCGCCCGCCACCUUGAGAUCCUCGCGCUCAAGGAGCUCGUGGCCAUGUACGACAUGACGCUUGCGUUCGAGAGGGCGCAGGACGAGUGCGAAGAGCUCAUUGGGCUCGCCAUCAACACACCAGGAGAGACCGUCCAUCUCCUCGAGGCCUACCGGUCCCUCGCCAACGUGCUCUCGUCCCAGCUCAGCCUGCUCCAGCAGCGGGGCAGUCGCUUCCACGACACGAUCAAGGUGCUCAUGCACAAGCGCGAAGAGGCGUGCAACAACUACAAGCGGCUCGCGGACGCUUCGCACACCAUCGCGUCGACAAGCGCGAGGGUGGUGCGCCAGGACGUCGACCAUGUCGUCCGCGUCGCGUUCAAAUAA